AUGAACAAAUUUGCAAAACUACUGCUUGUGAUAGCAACUACUGUCGGCCUUCAACUCUCGCUUCUUGGUGCGCUUUCUACUCUUUCUUGGGGAGCUUCGAACUUUCUAGCGUUUUGGGUUUUUCUUGCUGUUCUUGCCCAAGUCAUCAAGCAAACCAUCGGGUUCGAAAAAUGCAUAGAAGCAGUCAAAUCCGUCUACCGAGAAGAUAAAGCUGUUGAGAAUUCAAAAACAAAGAAAGAAAACUGA